UGUUUCUGUCUCAGUAUUCCUCUUCAUCAUCUGUUUCUGUCCCAGUAUUCCUCUUCAUCAUCUGUUUCUGUCCCUGUAUUCCUCUUUAUCAUCUGUUUCUGCCCCAGUAUUCCUCUUCAUCAUCUGUUUCUGUCCCAGUAUUCCUCUUCAUCAUGUUUCUGUCCCUGUAUUCCUCUUUAUCAUCUGUUUCUGCCCCAGUAUUCCUCUUCAUCCUCUCUGUUUCUGUCCCAGUAUUCCUCUUCAUCAUCUCUGUUUCUGUCCCUGUAUUCCUCUUCAUCAUCUGUUUCUGUCCCUAAACACGAUGAGAGUUUAGAUUUCCUGCGAUCCUAAACGCAUCAGGAGCGAUCGAUAAAAAAAACAAACAAGCAUUUUAAAAGCUGUUUCCUUCUCAUCUUGAGGACAGACUUGACAAAGCUUGACUUUUGAAUUUCCUACAAAUCUGCACAAUGAUGUUGUUAUUUCGGCGAACUUAAUUCCUGUUUAUCAAAAGAAAACCAGUUCCUUUUUCGGGCUGAAACAGCUGAAGUGAGGCAGCCGAAUAACUUUUAAUUCUUUAUUUCCUCUGUUUCUAUCUGUGUUUUUCUCUGUACCUUCUCUGUCUCUCUCUUUGUCUCGGUAUGUUUCUUUAUUUCACCAUCUCCACCUGCAGCAACAGGCUAUGUAAGAUUGUGUUAAUGACGUCACGGGACUUCGUGGCAGCACAGUGACGCCGGUAGACUACUUUUGUAAACAACGUGAUAACUUUUGUCAACUUAAACAACAGCAUCUCUUUUUCCUCUCGCUACAUCUAUUUUUUCUGCACUCUUAGAUAAGCUUCGCUUCAUAAUGGGUUGUUUCUAAAUUACUAUCUUCUCACUCUUUCGCCCGUGUUUGCAGCGUAAAUCACUCCCUCUAACGCGCUGUGCUUCACGGAACAGUCCAUGUAUGCAGUCGGAGGGGGGAGGGGGCCCUGAGACAUGAGUUAUAGAUGAAUAAGCCAUUCUUCUGAUUACAUUUUUGCGUAUGGGUUCAUUAGAAAAAACAUAAUAACUAACCACAAAGUUAAGACAAAUUAGCAAUGAUACUAAUUCUUCAACUUGAUUUUUUAGGGCAUUUCAUGGGACCCUAUGCCUAAUGGUUUAGUCCGCGACGGACUACACUUGUUUUACAGGACUGAGGUGAAUUCCUGACCAUAAAAACAACAACUUUGAAGUUAUGUCACCAACCCCGAUUCUCCUCGACUGUUUUCUGUGUGAUUGACACUGACUAAUAACAUCCUAACAAGUGGGAAACUGAGAGAGAAGUUUCAUCUCUGUGAUGGCUGCUCAGUUCAGACAGUCAGCUCAACAGAAAGCAAGCUGCAAACCAGGAAAAGUUCCCUGUGACGUCUGCACUGGAACCGUACUGAAGGCCCAGAAGUCCUGCCUGGUGUGUCUGGUUUCUUACUGUGAGGCUCACCUGGAGCCUCAUCUGACAAUGUCAGGUCUGAAAAGACAUCAGCUGAUCGCCCCCGUGGAGAACCUGGAAAGCCGGAUGUGUGAGAAGCACGACAAACUGCUGGAGCUGUUCUGUAAGAACGACCAGAUGUGUGUCUGCAUGCUGUGCACAAUUGAAGACCACAAGAAACAUGAUGUUGUUCCUCUGAAAGAAGAAUAUAAAGGAAAGAAGGCCAAGCUGGGGAAGACAGAGGCUGAAAUUCAGCAGAUGAUCCAGAAGAGACGACAGAAGAUUCAGGAGAUCAAACAUUCAGUGGAGCUCAGUGAUAAGAAUGCAGAGAGAGAGACCACAGAAGGUGUUCAGGUCUUCACUGCUUUAAUGGAGACUGUGCAGAGAAACCUAAACAAGCUCCUUGACACAAUCAAAGAGAAGCAGAGGAAGACAGAGAAACAGGCAGAAGGCUUUAUCAAAGAGCUGGAACAGGAAAUCUCUGAGCUGGAGAAGAGUAGCACUGAGGUGAAGCAGCUCUCAGGCUCUAGAGACCACCUCCACCUUCUCCAAAACUUCACAUCACUGAACGCUGCUCCAUACACCAAGAACUGGACUGAAGUCAGAGUCCAUCCACCUUCAUAUAAGGGGACUGUGGUGAGAGCUGUGAGCCAGCUGGAGGUGACUAUCAGUGAACAGAUGAAGCGGCUCUACAAGGUGGAGGUGAAGAGGGUCCAGCAGUAUGAGGUGGAUGUGACACUCGAUCCUGAUACAGCAAAUCCCUAUCUCAUCCUGUCUAAUGAUGGAAAACAAGUUAAAUAUGGUGAUGCAAAGAAGAUUCUCCCAGACACUCCAGGGAGAUUUACUAAGUAUAGUAUUGUUUUAUCAAAGCAGAGUUUCUCUUCCGGCAGAUUUUACUACGAGGUUCAGGUUAAAGGGAAGAUUGAGUGGAAUUUAGGAGUGGCCAGAGGGUCGAUCGACAGAAAAGGAGAAAUCGCUCUGUGUCCUCAGAAAGGUUUGUGGACGAUAUGUUUGAGGAAUGAAAAUGAGUUCAAAGCUGGUGUUGGCCCAGGAGUUCGUCUCUCUCUGAAGUCCGGUCCUAAGAAGGUGGGGGUGUUUGUGGAUUAUGAGGAGGGUCUGGUCUCCUUUUAUGACGUCGAUGCUGCAGCUCUGAUCUACUCCUUCACUGGCUGCUCCUUCACUGAGAAGCUCUACCCAUACUUUUGUCCCUUUCCUAACAGUGGUGGUAAAAACUCUGCCCCUCUGAUCAUCUCUCCUGUCAAUCAAACUGAAUAGGGCAACCAUUGAGUUUCAUCAGGUUCAUGUCAGAGAUAAUGUCAGAAUUUGACUGUUCUGGUCAGUAAAAAUUAUCUUUGUUAAGCAGAGAGAUUUUUAUACAACACUUUGGCUCAGCUGUUAACAAACAUACAAACAAUAUGCAGCGAGAAUCAUC